AUGGGUCGUGUACGUACCAAAACUACGAAGAGAGCUUCUCGCGUAGUGAUCGAGAAAUACUAUCCUCGUCUCACGUUGGAUUUCCAAACCAACAAGAGAAUUGUCGAUGAGGUCGCUAUCAUUGCUUCCAAGCGUCUUCGCAACAAGAUUGCUGGUUACUCGACUCACCUUAUGAGACGUAUUCAACGUGGCCCUGUCCGCGGUAUCUCCUUUAAGCUUCAAGAGGAGGAGCGUGAACGCAAGGACCAAUACGUUCCUGACGUCUCUGAGCUCGAGAAGGAGAAGGUUAGCGUUGACCAAGACACCAAGGACAUGAUCAAGGCUCUUGGCUACGACUCCAUUCCUACUCUUGUCGUUAACCCCUCUGCUCGUCCUGAGCGCCCCUUCCGCUUCAACAAGCACUAG